UAGCCUGGCUAAAUCUGUGGUUUUAUGGCUGAUUGUGAGAUAAGGCCAAAGGUCAAAGGCUGUCGUUUCCAAGAAACGGCACGGGCUUCCGUUCAAACAGGUUUGCAAGCGGUCCAGCAAGCAAACAUCUUAAUUCCAGCAUGGGACAAGCAGAGGCUAAAUCCGAUCCUCUGGACACAAGAAAACGGCUCAAGCAAUGGAUAAAAGGUCAUGCUCAAGGUAGAAUUGCUGGAAAGAGUGGAGCGCUGCAGCUGGUUCUGGUUGGUCCAAAGGGCUCUGGGAAGAGUUCUGCAGGAAACUGCAUCCUGGGCAGGGUGGCAUUUAAAACAGGAACUGGAACACUUUCUUGCCAGACUGAGAGCUGCAAGAUAGGGGUCUGUGCCGUGACUCUAGUGGACACACCUGGCCUGACCGGCGAAGAAACCUUGGACCUGGAGGUGAUGAAGGCCAUCAAGAAAGCAUGUCAAGAUCUCUUAGAAACUGCCGGUGUGGACGAUUUGAUGGUCCUUAUCACCCACACGGAUCAGGACAAACAAGACGGUUACGAGGAGGACAGGGUCCUACGGAAGGAAGGACUUCUGCAGUUGACCGUAAGUCAAUGUGGCGGAUGGUUCCACCUGUUUAACAUUGUAGAGUCUGACCAUACCCAGAUCUCAAAGUUGCUGGAGAAGGUGGACAGGAUGAUUCUGGAAGGCAAAAAGCCUCAAGAGCUUGAAGCCAGUCUGGAAGAACAGCCCAGAAAGAUGGAGAUGGCAGCGAAGUCAGAUACAGACCAAAGGACACAGGAGGAAGGCUUGGACUACAGAGCAGAAAUCUCGCAUCAGAAAAAGAGAGUGCAAAAACGGGUUGAAUUAAUAAAAAACAGUGAGAAAAUUGUAGCGGAGAACAAAGAGCUGCUCAGGGAGCUGAGGGAUGAAAUAGACGCCUUGAACGAAGAACUUAACGUGACUGUCGCAGCGAACAAGAAGCAAGCUCUGACAGAGAGAAUCCAGGAAAAAGCAGUGGACAUACAGGCCAAGGAGGAAAAAAUUUCGCUUCACAUAGGAAUACUGCAGACUUUGCAGCAGCAGAUGCAGGAAAAACAGAAGCACAUCCGUGAAAUGGAGAAGGAGUUGAGGGAGAAGGAGAAGGAGCAUGCGAGGAUGAAGACCCACCAUCCAAGAACAAAGGAUGGAACCAGAGACAAAGGAUCAGAAGCUUGUAGCCCAACAGUGAAUAUGAUAAAAGACUGGGGACAGAGGGAGUGA